CUUUGCGACUGCAGAGGAGGCAGGAGACAGUGGGGUGGGCUAGGCGCUAGGGCUGGGGAUGCCUGAGCAGAUGAGGAAACAGUUGGAAAGGUGGCAUAGCCCUUGGGUAGCUGCCGCCGAAGCUGUGGCUGUUCCUAGGAGACAGAGGAGAAGCCAGCCUGCGGGGGAGGGGAGCGAGUGGGUUGCUGCUUUUAGCAGCUGAAAGGGCUGUAGGGAGCUCUGGGUAAGACAUUUUCUACCUCUGUCUCUUCUGCGGUAGAAGCUGCCGCGAGUAAGUCAGAGGAAGGAGGACGGGGAGGGAGGAGGUCUCCAUUGCAGCCAUGCUGAAUCACUGUUGCUGACCAGAAUCCCUCACCGGGCUGCUGGGAGAACCCCGAGAGCAGCGCUAGCUCCUGGGUGCAUGCACAGUUUGGCGGCUACUAACCCCACCGGGCCUCCCACAAUGGAGGGCGAAAGGUGGUGCCGUCAACAUGCUGAGUUUGGUGACCUGAAUGGCACUUCCAUCAUGGAGUCAGUUGUGCUAAGCGUCAAGCUGAGCCCUCAGUCCACGGUGCAGGCCCAGGAUGAUGAGGAGAGCCGGAGGACAGUCACUGUCAACCCUGCCCACAUGGGAAAGGCCUUCAAGGUCAUGAAUGAGCUUCGAAGUAAGCAGCUGCUGUGUGACGUGAUGAUUGUGGCAGAAGACGUGGAGAUAGAAGCCCACCGUGUGGUCCUGGCGGCCUGCAGCCCUUACUUCUGUGCGAUGUUUACAGGUGACAUGUCUGAGAGUAAAGCCAAGAAGAUUGAAAUCAAGGACGUGGAUGGACAGACUCUCAGGAAGCUGAUCGAUUACAUCUACACAGCAGAAAUCGAGGUGACCGAAGAGAACGUGCAGGUGCUGCUCCCGGCAGCCAGCUUGCUGCAGCUCAUGGACGUUCGGCAGAACUGCUGUGACUUUCUGCAGUCCCAGCUGCACCCCACCAACUGCCUGGGCAUCCGCGCGUUCGCAGACGUGCACACUUGCACCGACCUCCUGCAGCAGGCCAACGCCUACGCAGAGCAGCACUUCCCGGAGGUGAUGCUGGGGGAGGAGUUUCUGAGCUUGAGUCUGGACCAGGUGUGCAGCUUGAUAUCCAGUGACAAGCUGACUGUCUCUUCAGAAGAGAAGGUGUUCGAAGCCGUGAUUUCAUGGAUCAAUUAUGAGAAGGAGACUCGCUUAGACCACAUGGCAAAGCUGAUGGAGCAUGUCCGGCUCCCUCUCUUACCUAGGGAUUACCUAGUUCAGACAGUCGAGGAGGAGGCUCUGAUAAAGAAUAAUAAUACCUGUAAGGAUUUCCUCAUCGAAGCCUUGAAGUACCAUCUACUACCCCUUGACCAAAGGCUCUUGAUCAAGAACCCCAGGACCAAGCCCCGGACUCCGGUCAGCCUGCCCAAGGUCAUGAUUGUGGUUGGUGGCCAGGCGCCGAAGGCGAUCCGCAGUGUGGAGUGCUAUGACUUUGAGGAGGGCCGCUGGGACCAGAUAGCUGAGCUUCCUUCCAGAAGAUGCAGAGCAGGUGUGGUGUUCAUGGCUGGCCACGUAUAUGCCGUGGGCGGCUUUAACGGUUCUCUGCGGGUGCGGACGGUGGACGUAUAUGACGGCGUGAAGGACCAGUGGACAUCCAUUGCCAGCAUGCAGGAGCGCCGGAGCACGCUGGGUGCAGCUGUGCUCAAUGACCUCCUCUACGCAGUCGGAGGCUUUGACGGCAGCACCGGUCUGGCGUCAGUAGAAGCCUACAGCUACAAGACCAAUGAGUGGUUCUUCGUGGCCCCAAUGAACACACGGCGGAGCAGCGUGGGAGUGGGUGUUGUGGAGGUUUUCAGCGCCAUGUGCUUUAACCUAGUUCUCCAAGCAAGACUACUUUGGACCUCAGUGAUGCCAGGGAAGCUGUAUGCUGUCGGGGGUUACGAUGGGGCUUCCAGGCAGUGCCUGAGCACCGUGGAGCAGUACAACCCCGCCACCAAUGAGUGGAUAUAUGUGGCAGACAUGAGCACCCGACGCAGUGGCGCUGGCGUUGGGGUGCUCAGCGGACAGCUGUAUGCCACUGGGGGACACGACGGACCCUUGGUGAGGAAGAGUGUCGAGGUUUACGAUCCCGGGACAAAUACCUGGAAGCAGGUGGCAGACAUGAACAUGUGCCGUCGUAACGCAGGGGUCUGUGCAGUGAACGGGCUCCUGUACGUGGUUGGAGGGGAUGAUGGGUCCUGCAACCUGGCUUCCGUGGAGUACUACAACCCGGUCACCGACAAGUGGACGCUGCUGCCAGCCAACAUGAGCACCGGAAGGAGCUACGCAGGUGUGGCUGUGAUUCACAGAUCCUUGUGACCAAGACUCCCACUGCCAGGAGGCGGAGGAAGGAGCGGGCACUACCUGUGACCGGAGCACCGAGGGGCGGGACCGUGACAACCGAUGAGAUUAACUGGGAGGCUCUGCAGUGAUUUGAGAACCGCCCUUGCUGUCUUAGCAGGCCAGCUUUGUCCCUCUCAGUGUGGACACUGAUGGUCCACCUUCUGCUCCGAGGUGCUUUGGUUUCUGCCCUAAAGAGCUGUCUUUCUGACAGUCCCACAAAAACUCCUUGGGCUUUUUGCAUGUGUGUGUGUGUGUGUGUGUCCAUGUGCGUGUGUGUGUUUCUACUGGACAAUGGAGAGAACCUUGAAGUAUGUGUGUGUGUGUGUUUCUACAAGACAAUGGAGAACCUUGAAGUGUGUGUGUGCGUGUGUGCACACGCAUCCAUGUGUUUGUGUUUGUGUGUGUAGGAACCAUUUCAGUGAGGGCUGGGGCUGUAUGAGUGUCUACUGGAUUUCUUUACUACUGAUCUUUCACGAUGCUAAAACACCUACCAAUGUCUUCUGGACUCGUCCCAUGAGGGCCCUCGACUACUGAAGCUGCUGCCUUUUGGGGUCCAGGCAGAACUAGGCAGAAGCAGCCCUUCAACCAUGUCUGGGAUCAUGCCUUGACUACUGCAGCCAUGUGGACGAACUGGGGCUUCCCCAGAGCUGCCCUGCAUCCUCCAUGCACCUCUGGGGUGCAGCCUCUUCCAGCCAUUGCUAGUCACUCCCUGUUGGCUGCACUCCAGGAAGCAGAUGAGAACUGUUUUGUCUUCACAUCUUGGCCUCUAGUCUUUGAUGUCAUGGAUUCCAGGUUUGGAAGAUUUUGUGUCUUUUCAGCAGGGAAAACAAACUCUUCAGAGAAGCCCCAAGUAGAACGCUGGGGAGAAAUAGACAAAAAAAAAAAAAAAAAAAAAAGCAAGACAAAACCCAGAAAAACCAAAGUUGUAUGGAUUUGUUCCCACCCAGAGAGGUCUCAGACAGGGAUCCUGCUUCUGAGUGUUCACAGGGCACCAAUCCUAUUUCUUAUGCUUAGUAUGUAGGCUUACUUAUUCAUGGUAUCAGUUCUCAUGCGGACGCUAAGUAAAAGGUCACCCUGCCACUAAACCCAGAGGUAGGCUUGCCCCCAUGUUAGGUGGGGUCACAUGUAACUCAGAGGGACGUGAAUGGCUGUAUCUGGCCAUCGGCACUUUGUGAUGAUGGUCAGAGAUGUUUAUAUCUGUCUUCCCUUUCUCGUGCUUCAAGGUCCAUAUCUGUUCCUCAGCCUCCCCAACACCCCUUCUUAUUCUCCCCUUUGUGGAGGAGCUGGUAGUGGGCCCAGGACUAGAGAUAUUCCUCAAAGACACUUGUUUUUUUUAAAAAAUGAAAGCAACUUAUGAAAGCUUUGCUCAGCCGCAGAGCAGAAUGUCUCAGAGUGUAAUGCCAAGCCCCUGGGGUGGUGUUUGGAGGCUCAUGGAAGCACACAGUAAGGGUUGGGAGGACAUGUUUGCUGCACAAGCAUGAGUUUGGUCUCUAGCACUGAUGUAAAAAAAAAAAAAAUCCGGGUACAGCAACAUGCACCUACGGUCUCAAAGCUGGGAAGCUGGACAAAGGCUGGUAUCCGAGGCUUGGGGACAGCCAGCCUAGGGUGACCAGCAAGUCUCAGGUCCCAGGGAGAGUGUGUCUCAAAACAGGUUGUGUGACUCCUGAGGACUGACAUCAAAGGCUAAUCUCGGGUCUCUGCACACACCCACCCUCCCCUUACACACAAAGAACCUCAAAGUCGUUUGAACUCUUCCUAAGCUAGCAAAUUGCUUGUUUCAGGGAUUUUGCUCUCGGAGGAGGGGAGACUUUGUGUUUAGAGAGCAGUCUCACACCCGGGGCGUGGAGAUUUGGCCUCCUGAAGUCAGAAUCCAUGUAGAGGAAGGAGACCACGGGACUUUGUGAACUCACAUGCUGGGCUUCUGCUAUAUAAGUAGGCUCUUCAAAGCACACGUACAGGGGAUGGCACCUCCUGCCCUUUGCGUUCCGAAGCCGGCUUCUCCCAGCGAGGCGACCACUGCGUAUUUACUGAGCCUUUCCUGUGCGCUCUUCCACAAGAGUAAAAUCUUCCUUUCCAAUGUUAAGCAGAAGUUAGGCUCCACAACACCCAGAUAGUUAGUAGCUUUAGGGAUAGUCAGUAGCUAGAAUACCCAGCUUUGGGGGUUCCAGAAGAAAUGUCUCCCAAGGGAUGCAAACGUUUCUUGGCAAAUGCCCUGGUUCCCAGGAAACUCUGCCUGGCCCCCUGCUAGAAAGGAGGUGGAAUACACCCCUGAUCCCCUUCCUCCCUCUCCAGGGAAGUCUGGGGACUUGUUUGAGGUACAAGUGGUGAAGAUAAGGUUGGGGACCAGAGUCAAAUGUGCUGAUUGUACCAGCACUCCAUUUCAGGUGAAAGGUAACCCCACCUCCUCCCCCGCUCCCACCAAGAACUUAGACUUUUAUACUUAGGGGUCAAGAUGAGUCUCUUCCUGGAGAGAAUCCCUCCUUCCAUGGAAGCUGGCCAGCUGCGGUUUCUGCUGUUUUCGCUGUUGGCCCCACCUUCCGUCUCCCUUCCUGCAGAGCGCUGCUUUUGCAGGCAAAGCUGCUAAGGGUUCCACUCAUUUCACCCUCGUGCGUCCUUUCUCCUGGGGACUAGAACACUGGUACGUCAUCACCAAAAAGCUAACCUGCCCUAGCUGCCCACAGAUGCCACCCCGAGUCUCCAUCCUCAGGCAUCAGGUCGAUGUCUCCCCACAGUGGGCAAUUCAGACUCACUUUCAAGUCGGUGUUAGUCACGUGGCGGGUAACCUCCCACCACCCCCAUCAGAGCAGCUGCCAUUGCUAGUGAGCACAGCCGUGCUAGGGGCACAUCUAAAAUCUGACUACAGUGGCCAAAUGGAAUCGAGACCCAAGGUCAGAAGCAGCUCAGACACCACUUGGAUGCUAACUCAGACAAUGUAGAAGUCAGUUUCUGAAUCCCGAAGUUACUUCUCCUAAGUACCCAAUAACAUCUCCAUCUAAAAACAUGGCAGUAUUAUGCAAAUGAAGUGACCUCAUUUUUCUGCUAUGCAAUAAGAAUUCUUAAUUCUAUCUCAUGACAAACCAGUUGCAAUAUCCCCUCAGACGCUUUCUUCGAGCUGCUCUACUUUGAUAUCUGUUGUGUAAUGUUUGUAUAUCUCUGAGCCAGAUCCUUUCAAAGAUUGCCUUUUUAUUUUGUAAAAUCGAAGCUGCAGCUUUUUCAAGCUAAAGCUUUACUGUAGAUAUUUUUUAUAGAUAAUUUUUCAUGAUAUUUGAAUCGCUUUCUAUUGUCCACAAUAACGAGAUGCUAUUCUGUGUGUCACUCACCCUGACAGUGUGCACCUGUAGUGCUCCUUGUUUGGUUUCUCGCCUCUCAGACGCCUCCGUAGCUCCAGGUUCCUAGCGUUUUAGGGAGACCGUGGGAUUCCAAGGCACAGCCAUGGGGCUCUGCCUUUCAAUUUCUAGGACUAAUGGAGAACUUGACUCAGUGCUUGUCUGUCUAUAUCUCCUCCCUCUGUGUUUCUGAAUCUGCAGGGCUGGGGCUGGGUUGGCCCACACAGUGGUGGCCCUUAUCCCCUGGCACUGAGCCUGUCCUCCGGCCUACAUUCCCUAGGCUGCCCGGGCCCUACAGACCUUGCUUAUUCUCGACUGUCUCCUGGUUUUUGGAGGUUUCUAGUGCUCGAGGCCUCUGCAGCUGGGUCCUGUCUCUUCGGGAAGCUUGUGUUCUCUGUACUUAGGAAGAGGGGGUCUCUUAGGAAGAGGGAGUCCCUCAUGACCUCUGGGAAAAAUGUGCUUAACAGAUGCUCACACUGAUUUUUUUUCCUGAGCUGUCUCCUUUCCAGGCUCUGUUUUGUGCAUUUAUCUGUCCUAGGACUCUUCUUUCUCUUUUUUAAAAUCUUAAUUUAUUAUUUUUGGGAUAGGUGCCAUUUAAACUGCCUUCUUCCUGUUUGCACCUGGUUGGAUCAAGCUGGGAGGCUGAGCAAACUCAUUCGGCUGGGCAGAGUGUCCAAGGCUCUGAUGCACAGAAGCAAGGAAGUCAGAGCGGUUUCAGUAGGUUCCCCCCCCCCCAUGUGUGUGUGUUUGCACUACUUAGGCCCCCAUGUUCAGUUACAUUGUUUAUCUACUGACCAAGCAGAGGAUCCAGCAGCACUUCCAACAUACAGGGAUGGAAGAGGCUUCUUCUGUGUGAACAAUCACAGCCUUAGAGGCCCUGCACAGCCUUUACCAUGAGAUUCAGCAACUCCUGGAUGUAGUGGCAGCCAUGGCAGGAAUGCAUGGGGCUGUGGCAUUUGCAGGGAUAAAUGGGCCCUGUGCUGUUCUUGCCUUUGGUUAUUAGAUUGUAAAUGAUUUCCCUCCUUUUGGUGGUAAUAAAGGACUUUUGUUGAACUUGUUUAAUUUGUA